AUGGCUACAGGACAUGUGCAGGACUUUGCAUGCUUCACUGACUAUGCUGAAGAACUGGUUUGUCACUGGAAGGUGCCUGCACAGACAAACUGCUCCAAAGAAUUCCUGCUCAAGAGUGAAUAUCCAUCUCCGCAAAGUUUUGUGUGCAUCCCCAAGAAUGGUAAAGAGAGUUCCACAUGCACUUGCACAAUAUAUCCUGAUAUUUUUGUAUCAGGCCUCACCUACAUUCUAGCUCUGCAGUUCAAUGGGACUAAUAUGGGGAAUUACAGUGUUACACCAGCCUUGGUUGUUAAGCCAAGGGCCCCCAAAAAUCUUGCCAUUGAGAAAGCUGAAAAUGGUAAUUACAAUCUGAGCUGGGAAGAGAGCUAUUCUUCUCAAUCCAUGCUCUUUGGACAGCCGGUGAUCUAUGAAGUAAAAUAUUGGAGCAAGCAGGACCCCACAGAGGUUUCUAUAAAAUCAAUUAACUAUCAGACAAAAAGUUUCGAAAUUAUUUCAAGCUCUUUGACAAAAGGGUAUGAUUACAUUGUAAGCAUACGGUGUAACUACACAGACUACCCAGCCUACUGGAGUGACUGGAGUGACAGAAUUGAAUUUCACUAUGAUUAUCAAGUAACACCUGAAGACAUUCUGCAGAUGGCAGUUCCUGUAUCCUGCAUACUGAUAAUGGCAGUAGCUGUGAUGUGUUACUUCUGUUUUACCAAGGUGAAGAAGGAAUGGUGGGACCAAAUUCCAAAUCCAGCCAAGAGCCAUUUGCUUGUAAAAAAUGUCAAGUUUUCAGUUUUUUGCCACGUUGAUGAAAUUAAGUUCCCUUUCCAUGGCUUAAAGCAGAGUCAUAUGGAAAACCAUAUAAGUUGCGGGAACUGUCUGGCUCAAAGUUUGUCAGGCCAAAGCUUCAAAGAAAAAGAUACCACCAUAAACAUUGAGAAACCUUGCAGUGACCACAGCAAGUUUGGAGACUGGUUCCCAAAAGGCUGUGGUGCAGUUUUAACCCCUGAAACAAUUCUGGUCGAAAAGUCUCUUGAAAUCUGUGAAUGUUCACCAGGCAUUGAGGCAGAGAGUCAAGAAGAGACUCCUAACCAGGUCACCAUGUUUGAGCCUUGUGAGGGCAGUGCGAAUCCUUUCAGGGAACACAUUGAACACAAUGAUGCACUGGCUAAUAUGUUCAUUAAACUCCUGGAAGAUGAAAACAAUAUGCAAGACAAUAAAGAUGCAGACAUCAUCACAGAUGAGAAUAAAACCUUUGAGAGAAUUGAGUCAGAAAACCCAUUACAGCAAAAUACAGCAAACCUGCGUCAGCAACUAUGUAGUAUUUUGCACACAGACUCCCUUUUCUCUGAAGUCUCACAAAGUGACUACAAUUGCAGUACAGCCAGCAAGAAGUCGUCACAAUCAGAAGAAUCCUUUGAUUCUGGCUAUCAAAGCUCCAACACGAAUUCUGCUACUCUGGAGGCAAGAGAUUCUCUAGAUAUGCUUGACCAAAGAAUCACCAAAUAG